ACGCAUGCGCAGUGGGCCGCUUACUGUACUCUGUCUCUCGCCGCCCCGCUGGACUCUGUUGCUGGCGGCCGUGUGGGGACUUUGUCAAAUUUCAGUGCUGUUGUUGGUGAUGUCCGAGAUGGACGACUUUAGCCAGCCGGGAGGAGGGACGGAGUCAUUAUCGAACGGAAUGCCCAAUGGUAUUUCAAAUGGCACUUCAGAGCAUCGUGAGCAUAAAGAUCAUAAGCAUAAACACAAAGACAAGGAUCGAGAUCGGGAGAAGGACCGCCACCGUGACAAAGAUCGCCACAAGAGUUCCCAUAAGGAUAAGGACAGGGAUAAAGACAGACAUUCGUCAUCCAGUCAUAAAAGCUCUCACAAGGAUAGGGACCGUGACAAGGAACGCAGCAAGGAUAAGGAACAGAGUGACAAAGAGAAACAUAAAGAGAAAGAGAAAGAAAGAACUGACAAAGAAAAAAGCAGAGAUAAGGACAAAGAAAGGAAUGAUAAAGACAAACACAGAGAUAAAGACAAAGAAAAAAGUGACAAGGACAAACAUCGUGACAAAGACAGAGAUAAACAUAGAGAUAAGGACAAAGAACGUAGUGAUCGGGAAAAAUCUCGCGAUAAAGACAAGGAUCGUCACCGUGACGAGAAGAAGCACAGCAGCAGUAAUGGCGAGAAAAAGGAGCGUGACAAAGAACGUGAUAAAGAUCGUCACUCUUCCUCCAGUCACAGAAGUUUGCACAAGGAAAAAGAUAGGGACCGUGAUAGGCACAAGGACAAAGAGAAGAGUCGGGACAAAGAAAAGGAGAAGGUGAAGAUUGAGGUGAAGGAGGAAAUUAAAGAGCCAGAGCCUGUUCUACAAGAUGAAUUGACCAUUAAAGAGGAGCCAGUUGAGUCUGAGGAGGAGGACAAAUUGGUGAUAAAUGAACCAGUAAAAGAAGAACCAUUGGAGGAUGAGGAAGAUGACGUUCCCUUGUCUCACCGGAAACGUAUAAAGGAGGAGGAUGAUGAAGAUGAUGACAAGCCCUUAGCCAUUCGUAAAAAAGUGAAAACAGAACCUAAAGAGAAGAAAAGGAAAAAAAUAAAAGAGGAAGACGAUGAAGAUGAUUUCAAACCGGAGAAAAAGAAGGUUAAAAAAGAGAAAAAAGAGAAGAAACCCAAGUCUAUUAAAUUAAAUACAAGCCAAGAUUCACUUCCACAAUCUCCUACCAAAAAAGGCAAAAAGGAUGAGGAACCAGUUUGGAAGUGGUGGGAAGAGACCAAACGAGAUGAUGGACUCAAAUGGACUUUCUUGGAACACAAAGGGCCAUUGAUGGCUGAAGCAUAUGUGCGGUUGCCAAGCAAUGUCAAGUUUUAUUAUAAUGGGGAACCAAUGGAGCUCAGCGAGGAGACUGAGGAGGUCGCAGGGUUCUAUGCUCGUAUGUUAGAUCAUGAAUAUACCACCAAACAAGUUUUUAAUACCAAUUUCAUGAGGGAUUGGAGAAAGGUGAUGACAUCAAAAGAAAAGGAGAUCAUCACAGAUUUGAAGAAAUGUGACUUCCGCCGAUUACACACUUUUUAUGUACAACAGAACGAAGAAAGAAAAAAUCGUACAAAAGAAGAGAGGAAAGCCCUCAAAGAAAAAAAUGAAGCUCUGGUUGCUGAGUAUGGAUGGUGCAAUAUUGAUGGUCACAAGCAACGGAUUGGAAACUUUAAGAUUGAACCUCCAGGAUUGUUCCGGGGUCGUGGAGAGCAUCCAAAACAGGGCAUGCUGAAGAAGCGUAUAAUGCCAGAAGAUGUGAUCAUCAACUGCUCAAGAGAUUCUGUGAUACCUAAACCACCUUCAGGACAUAAAUGGAAAGAAGUGCGAGCAGACUGCACAGUGACUUGGUUGGCAUGUUGGGUGGAGAAUGUUCAAGGGCAGACAAAGUACGUAAUGCUUAAUGCAGCCUCUAAACUCAAAGGUGAAAAAGAUUGGCAGAAAUAUGAGAUGGCCCGAAAACUGCAUCAGCAUGUGGACAAGAUUCGUGAACAGUAUAGAGUAGAUUGGAAGAGUAAAGAAAUGCGAAUACGACAAAGAGCUGUAGCUCUUUAUUUCAUUGAUAAGUUAGCCCUUCGAGCAGGUAAUGAGAAAGAUGAAGAUCAAGCAGAUACAGUUGGUUGCUGUUCUCUUCGUGUCGAACACAUCUCUCUUCAUGAAGAAAAGGAUGGCAAAGAAUAUGUUGUAGUCUUCGAUUUCCUGGGUAAAGAUUCUAUCCGUUACUAUAAUGAAGUCAGCGUGGAAAGGAGGGUAUUCAAGAACUUACAGCUAUUUAAAGAAAACAAAGAAGAUGGAAAUGAUCUCUUUGAUCGUCUCAAUACACAAAUCCUAAAUAAACAUUUGAAUGAACUGAUGGAUGGCCUAACUGCAAAGGUCUUCCGUACAUACAAUGCUUCACGGACCCUACAAGAGCAGCUAGACUUACUUACAACUGAAGAUGAUCCACUUCCUGCAAAAAUUUUAUCAUACAACAGAGCAAAUCGAGCAGUGGCUGUCUUGUGUAACCAUCAACGUGCAGCCCCCAAGACCUUUGAUAAAUCAAUGGCAAAUUUGCAGAAGAAAAUUGAUGAUAAGAAAGAACAGUGUGAGGAGGCUGAGAGGGAAUGUAAACAGUUGAAAAAAGCAGCAAAAUCAGGUGGCUCACAAAAAGAAAAGAUGGCUUAUGAGAAAAAAAAGAAGGCUCUGGAACGUUUGAAGGAACAAUUGGAGAAACUGGAACUCUCAGCAACAGACAAGGAAGAAAACAAGACUAUUGCUUUAGGUACUUCCAAGCUCAACUAUUUGGAUCCUCGUAUCUCUGUUGCAUGGUGCAAGAAAUAUGGAGUACCAAUAGAAAAAGUUUACAAUAAAACACAAAGGCAGAAGUUCCAGUGGGCAAUUGAUAUGGCAACUGCAGAGUAUAACUUUAUGGGAGAACCAAUGAACAUUUCUAGGAACGAUGAUGGUGAAGGUGAAGAGGAGGAAGAUGAGUAGGCAGUCUUAUUCAGAAACUCGCUGAGAAUGACCAAAGAGGAUAUUUUGGUAAUGUGCAGAGUAAAGAUGUAUUCUUGGAGUGGUGUUGUACAUUCUCAUUCAUAAUUUAAAUUAAGAUCCAUUGUGCUCCUCUGUUUGUAGUCUCACUAGCUUAUAGUGAAGAGAAAGCAAACCUGGACAGAACACAAAGGAUUAAUUAUAGGAUUGUAUUUUAUUGCGGUUCAAUUGUGUACCUUGAAUAUUUAUUACACAAUUCCAUAAAUUAAGUAUUUGUAUGUAGUUUUGCUAUGCUAAACUAUUUUGCGUGUAUGAAUUAAUUUUUCUAUUAAGAGUAUAGGUCUGGAAAUAUUCACAAAAAUAAUACGGUUUUUACUAGACAUUUGAGACUUCCGGCCCUGUGGGUUGAUCAGUUUGUACUUGUAAUUUGUGUGUAAAGAAUUAUUUGAUAUAAUGUAUUCUUAAAUCACAUAUUAUUUUAUAUGCAUUGUCAUGUAUAGAGAUGUAGUAAAUAUGCACCUUAACAUUGAAUUUUAAAGCCAAAUUGUUAAAUAGCAAAAAUUCUCCAAAGAAUCUCUGGUCGAAAGGGAGAGUUGUUACCCGAAUGUGCAAUCUGCAGCAGUGAACAUCUUCAUGGUCUCAUGCCACUCCAUAAUCAAAUUUUUUGGUAUUAAAGUGUUUUAUUAUCACAAUACCCAAAGACUCUAAUGAUCUUAAACAGAUUUAAUUCUGUGAUUGUAAUUUUUAAUAUUUUAAUUACAGUACAGUACUUUGGUCUUAUUGCUGAAGGGCAACAGCUGAAUUUCAUGACUAAUGGGCAAUGAAGUCCUUUUGAUCACCUCAUUCGAGUCUUUACUUGAACUUUUAAGUAAGAGGCCAACUCAUAGCCUAAAUAAGUCACCAUUAAUAUUAAACACUGGUGCAGUUUUUAUGUUAAAUUAUUAUAUGUAGGCACUGAAAUUUAAAUUACUAAAGGGUGCCAUAUUAAGUAAUGCUCUGGACUUGACCCAGGUAACAUGGGUUUGACUCUUUGACCUGGAAGGGUUGGCGAGACAUUAUUUACUGUGUAACAGAUAGGUCCCUUUUCUUUGUCAGGGUUCCAGGCUAGCUAAUUCAGGAGAUGCCACCCUACUUUUUUAAUCUUGUUUUAUAGAAUUGACUAGGAUUUAGUUAGAAGGUUGUGUUGGGCAGCUGGUGGCACAGGCCAUAUGGCUGUUUCCUGCAUUCCCUGGUGGCUGUCAAUUAGAAUAGCUUUUUAAGAAUAUUUAAGUUAUGAUCGGUGUAACUUUUUGGUAGAAUUUAUGGAAUUUGACUGUGUUAGUUGAUGCACCAGUGGGACAUUAAGUACAUCUGAGGUCAUGAUGUAGGCAACUUACGUUGUGAACAAUAUUCACAAUAAACCAGCAUGUAUAGACCUUUGCAGGAAACUAACGGGACCCUUCAAGCAGACAAGUAUUAUUAAAGUAUUAUUCCGGACCUUGUUAUGACUUCACUGAAAUUGGUUAAUGUAAAAUCAUCAUGGUCUGUAUUUUGCCAUCUUUAAGAACUCGAGCUAGAUCUUCCCAGUUCAGCUGGCCAUUCCAUACCAUUGUGUGAUAUGCACCGUGUACAUAAUUAUUAUCAUCAAUAAACCUUCAUCAUGGGA